ACGAGCUGAAACGAGCCACGCGUUUUCCGUAUGUUGGGCGGAUUAAUGACGUUAUCGUCAAAUUGGAGUUUUCGAUUAACAGAGGCCCCUGGUUUACGUGGGCAGUGACGGCUUAUCUGCUAUUAUCGUCUGCGAUAAAGUCGUGAUGGUACCGUUCGGUUAUUGCGAUUAUUUUUUAAUGACUGCGUGUAGCACGUAGUGCUUCCCAAUGAGGCUGACAGUUGACAGUUCGAGAAUCGUUGCCUGACAGUCUUAUCAGCGACCAAUUAAUGCAGAAGGGACAGUGUCAGUGGUUUCCUCAUGUCAAUAAUGAAACACUGUGGUAUAAUGUCAUGCAGCAUGGUCCUGCCGAUGUUGCUCUUUUCUUCCCUAGUAAAUGGUAACUACUUUAAUGUAAAUACCGAAGGAAAUGACCAGUGCUUUUGUAAGCUCAAAGGAUCUAUCGACGAUUGCAGUUGUAAUGUCGACACAGUGGACUAUUUCAAUAACAUGAGGAUCUAUCCUAGGCUUCAGAGCCUCCUAGUCAAAGAUUACUUCAGAUUUUACAAGGUUAAUCUUAAGCAAGAGUGUCCGUUUUGGGCAGAUGACAGUAAAUGCGCAAUCAGAUAUUGCCAUAUACAACCUUGUGACGAUGAUGACAUUCCUCCAGGACUGAAAGGAGAUGUUUCAGGGCACAGCCACUUUAACGAAAGCCCUGCGGAUAAAUACAACAUGGCAGCGCAAUUAACAUCCUGCGAGCAAACGGCUCACGAUCAUAAUAUAGAGCUCGGUUACUUGAAUACCACAAUUAGUUCUGAGAAUUACAAAGGAUUUGAACUCUGGCAACAGCACGACAAUGCUCAGGAUAAUUUUUGUGUACAGGAAUCAAGUGAGGGAGAAUAUGUGGACCUAUUACUUAACCCUGAAAGAUAUACAGGCUAUAAAGGACAUAGUGCCCAUAGGAUAUGGAGAAGUAUAUAUAUGGAAAACUGUUUCAGACCAGAAAAUUCUCCAAAUAAUUUUAUUCAGUCAUCAAAAGUAAACGGAAUGUGCUUAGAGAAGAGAGUAUUUUAUAGAGUCAUAUCUGGCUUACACGCUAGCAUCAACAUACAUUUAUGUUCGAAAUAUUUACUGUCAUCAAAAGACGGCCUUGAUUUAGUAUGCGAUAGUGCUCAAUGGGGUCCUAAUUUGAAAGAAUUACAAAAACGAUUUGCACCUGAGGCAACUGGAGGUGAAGGACCUAACUGGUUAAAAAAUUUGUACUUCGUUUACUUGCUUGAAUUGCGCGCUCUUGCCAAGGCUGCUCCAUAUUUAGAAAGAGAGGAAUAUUAUACUGGUAACGAAAGUGACGAUGAAGAUACAAGACUGGCAAUUAAAGAUAUCCUACAAGUUAUUAAAUCAUUUCCUGACCACUUCAAUGAAAGUGUUAUGUUCAAUGGUGGAGUGCAAGCACAAUUAUUGAAAGAGGAAUUUAGACAACACUUCAGAAAUAUAUCCCGUAUCAUGGACUGUGUAGGGUGUGAUAAAUGCAAAUUAUGGGGAAAAUUACAAAUUCAAGGAUUAGGUACAGCACUGAACAUCUUGUUCUCAGGAAAGUUCGAUAAGUGGGUACCUUCGCUAAAUCAUUUUUCAAAGAGGCAAUUCUUUUUGGAGAGAACUGAAAUAGUAGCCCUUAUCAACGCUUUUGGAAGAUUGUCAGAAAGUAUAUUUGAACUGGACAAAUUCCGCCAGAUGAUGAGAUAGUGGAAUCUUAGUUAGGUAAUUUAUACCAUCUUCAAGUACCACUACAUAUACACAUCACAUAGUUUAACUUAGUUUGUUGUAAGGAAUAAGGAAUUUAUUUUUAUUGGGUGGCGGUUACCGUACACACUUUAUUGCUUUUAUUUGUUAUUCAAUUUCACAGUGAAAUUGCAAUGAAAAUUAUUUAUAUGUCGUUCAGUUAGUAUUAAUUAAAAACUAACGAAGGAUUAUAUUUUCCGACUAUAAGAAGGAAGCCACAUGGGUCGAUCCAAUUGAUGAAGCUUAAAUGCCUCUUUAUAUUCAACUAAUCAAGUAAUUACCUCAAUUGUUGUGUUUCACUCUUUAUUGCGAUUUCACAACCAAGUUUAUAGAUCUAACUAUCUGUGAUAACUAUUUUCUCAAUAACGGAUUUCUAUGUAAUGUGUGCAGUAUGACUUUGGCAGAAAGUUGGCGUGUAUACUUUAAAAAAUAUUUAUCUUUGGAACCUUUAUUUUACAUACCAUAAACAAUUGAAGACACGUUCAAUAUUUUGAAACCUACCAUUUUCAUUGCAAUGAAGAGAGAUUAUUAUAAUAUAUGUAGAAAUCAUUCAUCUGACUCACAAUACAUAUACACAUCUGAAGUAUCAAAUGCCAAGUACUUGUUUCUCUACUAGAUGGUAUUUUGAACAUGUGGAACUUUUAUAAAAGUAUCUGAUUUUCUAAAAUUCAUUGAAAUGUUUGCCUGGGUUAUCUUCAAAAGUAAUAUUUUGAAAUAUUAAUACAUAUUACAUACACUAGUUUUAAUCCAUUUUCCCAUGCAAUUUGACAUAUAUAGAAGAAUGUUUAUGUAUUCUAUAUACAAAGUGUUUGUACACAUAAAUAUUUAUAGUGAAUCAGCUCGUAUUUAUUCUCAAAAUAAAUGUAAUUUAUACAAUACUUUCUACAAGCAUUCGAGAAGUCGUAACUCAUUUCAUAGAAUAUUUUUUGAAGUUAAACUGGAAAGAUAUGUAUCGUGCACCUUAUUAUGUACUGUUGUAAUUUAUUAUAAAAAUGGUGAACUGUAA